AAAAUUAUCAGCUGCCAUGUUUCUCACCCUCACAUUGUUGAGGAAAGGUAUUCCUGGGAAACAGUGGAUUGGAAAGUACCGGCGUCCACGGCAGAUCACAUGGCAGAUGAAACGCAAUACUGUGAAGCGUCUGGAGAUUGAGGCUGAGAACGAAUACUGGAUCAGCCGCCCCUACAUGUCUCCAGAGCAGGAGCACGGUCACGCUGCAGAGCGCAGAGCCCAGAACUGGCUCAAGAUCAAGGAAACCAAGUUCAACAAUUUUCCAGAACACAAGAACAUUAUAGAUCAUCUGAGUCAUCUCAAAAUCACAAAGACAUGGUCUAGUUAAUGUGAAAUGACAUGCAAGGACUUGCCAAAUGUGACAAUACAACAUGUUUUCUUUUUGUUAAUAACAUUAGGCAGAUGUUCUGUUGACAACCAAUACCUUAGUAACCAGUUUUAAUUUACUGUAAACUCUGUCUUUGUGUGCGUUUCUUUUCCUUUAAAAAAACUGAAUCUGCACUGCAACAGGUCCGUAAUUCUCCACAUUGAGUACAGGCUCUGCAGAUAAUGAGCUCUGUGGCUACUGAUUUUCAAGCUAAUUAAGCAAAUACAGUUUCAUGUUGAGAAAUCCAGGCUGCACUGGUUGGUUUAUACAAUCUCACUAAUUAUAUAAACUGCUGAAGUGUGUUCCACAUUAUGUGGAAGUUGGCAGCCAGUAAACCCAGAUAUGUCUGAAACUAACAUUUGGAAAACAAAAAAAUGCAUCAUUUAAUAAAUUGUUGACACUCA